AUGUAAUUAUUACGAACGGCUGAUUUUUUUGGAGUUCCCUUCAUUCAACAAAUCGAUUCAAAACAAUCUAUAUAUAAAAGCGCUUUAGGAGGACUCGUUACUUUGCUUAUAUGCUCAGCCAGUUUGGCAUAUGCUAUUUGGGUGCUCUACUUAUGGCAAAACAAUAAACUAAGCCCGAAGAUAUCUAGUUCUAUAUAUGUAUCUGAUUUUUCUUUGCUGGACCUGGAUUAUGAUGUUAUUAAAAUGUAUUAUUGGAAAAUUGAAGAAAACUACAUCGAUCCCUUUGAAUCCAAAAUACUAUUACCAUUAGUUAUGUAUACAACAAAUUUUAGCUUUACUGAGCUUUAGGUGAUAAAUAAAUCAAAUGAGACUGCUACUGAUGGAACAUAAUUUUACUUACCAAAAAUAAGCUUAGCGUUUUAAAAUAUUAGUGGUGUAAUUUAUACCUCAUCUGAAAUGUACAUAUAAAUAGUGAAAUGUUAAUAAAUUUAUUUAAAAGAGGAUGAAAAAUGUGCAUCUGAUGAAUUAAUUGAACAAUUUUUUUCUUAACCCUUGAAUACGAUUGUUUUGUAAGUACAAUAAAAAUAAUUGAACUCACUAGAUGGUAGUGUUUAAGAUAGUUUAUAAGAGUUUUACAUAUAGAUUGAAAAAUAAAAUUGUUACACUCUAAGUACUUUUCUUUAAAGCAACUUUUAUGAACUUUAAAAUUCCUUCUUAUUUGGAUAUCCAACUUAACUUGAAUUUAUUAAUGGAGCACUUAUAUAAUCCUAAACAAAUUCAGUCGAAUUUUGUAAACUAGCUUAUGGAAAUGAUAUACUAGGAGUAAUUUUCAUAGCGAUGAAGGGAAAUUAAAUAAAAACUAUUUUUGAAUAUCCGCACGCUGGUGAUUUAUUAGCUAAUAUUGGUUCAAUUGUUUCUGUUCUCUUUAUGAUCAAACAUGUAAUUAUCAUCUUUAACCAAUACAAUCUCAAUAACAAGAUAAUAAAAAAAUUAAUCCAAUUUUAUUAUCCUGACUUUAAAAAUAUUAUUAUAUAUAAAAACUGGAGAUUUAAAACUACAAAAGUAUUUCUCAAUCAUUAAGAAUUAGAUCUGAAGGAAUUUAAGCUAUUUCAUAAAAAAGUAAAAUAGUAAAUGGAAAAUAAAUUAAGUUACUUGAAUUUAUUAUAUGAAAUGUCAAGGGUUUAUUUCAUCAUAAGAUCAUUUAAAUAAAGGGAAGAAUUAAAAAAGUCUCAUUAAAUAGGAAUCAAACUUAAUUUAGCUUAAUCUAAAAUUAUUGUUGAUUCUAAUCAAAACUGUGAUUGGACAAAUCGAUUAUCAGCAACCGUUUCACAUCUUAAUGAUGAAGAUGCUGAUUUGUUAUCACUCUCUCAUACUUUUAAACAGCAUAUUGAACUUUAGAUUCCAAAUGAAAUUUAUAUAGAAAAUGAGUUUUAUGAAAAUAACAAAAUAUCUUGA